AUGCCGUCCUCGACCACCUUCCUCGAAGCCAUCAAGGCGCGCCGCACCAACUACGCCAUCACCAACACCUCUCCGAUCCCCGAUUCCAAGAUCCAGGAGAUCAUCAACGAGACAGUCCUCCACGUCCCGUCCGCGUUCAACUCCCAAAGCACACGCGUCGUGCUCCUGCUGAAAGGCGAGCACGAGAAAUUAUGGGACAUCACCACGGACGUGCUACGGGCAAUUGUGCCCGCGGAACAGUUCCCGGCGACAGAGCAAAGAAUGCGCUCCUUCAAAGCGGGCUACGGAACCGUCCUCUUCUACACCGACCGCGCCGUCGUCCGCGGCAUGCAGGACAAGUUCGCCAUCUACGCCGACCGCUUCCCCACCUGGGGCGCCGAGUCGACGGCCAUGCACCAGUUCGCCGUGUGGACGGCGCUCGAGCUCGAGGGCUUCGGCGCGAGCCUGCAGCACUACAACCCGCUGAUCGACGAGAAGGUCGCGAGCACCUGGGGCAUCGAUCGGGACUGGGAGCUGACGAGCACGCUCGUAUUUGGCGCGCCGACGGGCGAGGCGGGCCCGAAGAACUUCGAGAGCUUGGAGAAGAGGGUUAAGGUUUUCGGGGCGUGA